GUGUGGUUGGUAGCUCUUCUGCCCAAUCUAAUUCAUCCAUCCUCUUCCUCACUACUUCCCCUCGCUCCCCCUUCCAUUUAUUUAGUUUAUAAGAGCAAGCUUGCUAGCUAGCAAUUCUGCGAACAAUAUACACACUUAAAGUCGGUCGAUAUAGAACAUCAGCCUCUCCCUCCGGCCGCCCCCCUCCCAAGAAGAAUGAUGAGCACCGUGGCUGCUCCUUCCUCAAGAGUUGAAAGCUUGGCCAGCAGCGGGAUUCAAGCAAUCCCAAGAGAGUACGUGAGGCCAAAAGAGGAGCUGGCAAGUAUCGGCAACGUGUUCGAGGAGGAGAAGAAAGAGGGGCCUCAGGUACCGACCAUUGACCUCAAAGACCUUGAGGCGGAGGAUGAGAAGGCGAGGCAGAGGUGCCACCAUGCCUUGAAGAAAGCCUCUAUGGAGUGGGGGGUGAUGCAUCUGGUUAACCAUGGCAUUUCCGACGAGCUCAUCAACCGUGUCAAGGCUGCCGGCGAGGCCUUCUUCAACCUGCCGGUGGAGGAGAAGGAGAAGUAUGCUAAUGACAACGACUCCAGCUACACCGGCAAGAUUCAGGGCUACGGAAGCAAGCUGGCUAAAAAUGCCAGCGGCAAGCUUGAAUGGGAGGACUAUUUCUUCCACCUUGCUUUUCCCGAAGAACAGCGUGACAUGUCCAUUUGGCCCACCACGCCAGCUGAUUACAUCCCAGCAACAAGCGAGUAUGCAAGGCAACUAAGAGGUUUGGCAACCAAGGUCCUUUCCGUGCUUUCACUUGGGUUAGGACUGGAAGAAGGGAGGCUGGAGGAAGAAGUUGGCGGCAUGGAGGAGCUUCUCCUUCAGAUGAAAAUCAACUACUACCCAAAAUGCCCUCAGCCAGAGCUUGCUCUUGGCGUUGAAGCCCACACUGAUGUGAGUGCACUCACCUUCAUUCUCCACAACAUGGUCCCGGGCCUCCAGCUCUUCUACGAUGACAAGUGGGUCACCGCCAAAUGCGUGCCCAACUCCAUCAUCAUGCACAUCGGAGACACCAUUGAGAUCCUCAGCAAUGGCAAGUACAAGAGCAUUCUUCACAGGGGCCUGGUCAACAAGGAGAAGGUUAGGAUCUCCUGGGCUGUUUUCUGUGAGCCGCCCAAGGAGAAGAUCAUCCUCAAGCCGCUGCCGGAGACCGUCACUGAGGAUCAGCCCCCGCUCUUCGAGCCUCGCACCUUCUCUCAGCAUAUUCAGUACAAGCUCUUCAAGAAGACCAAGCAACUUGCCUCCAAUUAACAAAUGAUCACUCUCUUUCAAGAAGACCGAGCAUUCAGCUAGCUAUACUGCCUACGCACCAUGGCUAGCUGCCAAAUUAAUUUAGGGAAAGAAUUGUGAUCUUCUAUAUUCUAUGGUUUGGUUUUAUAUAUAUGUUUGGCGGUCUUAAAUUAGUAAGUGGCAGGAAUUAGUAUUCUAGGACCGUCACAUAUUUCAUUUUCAUGGGCCAUCAUCUCUGUUUGUCUUUGCUGUAUUCUGGUUCACCCGCCUUGCACAAUAAGACAAUUUUUUCCUUCUA